GUUUUCCCCUAUUGGCUAUCGUUGGUGGAUUAUUUGAAGUUGAAAGCGUUCGUCGAGUUGACGGUGUCGAAAUCGAUUCGGGAGGGGUGUCAGCAGUUAAUGCGUUUGUCCGGUUUGGGUGCGAUGAAACCGAACAUGGUGGUGAUUAGCUAUCACGAGAAGACACCCACAGAGACGACGUUGGUGGAGACGUGCCUACUGAAGGAUUUGAAAUAUUCAAGGAUUGAUAGGGCCGAGGUGGUGGAGUACUUCACUGCUGCGGAUUAUAUGCCGAGGGGGUGGGUAUUGGGUGGAAGAGUGGUUAGGGUGCGGUUUAGGUUUUACCGGGGUUUGGGUGGGUUUUACCGGGGUAUUAGGGGGGUUUUACCGAGGAUUUGGGAGAUGAAUGGGUCGUGUGAACGUUUAACAAAUGAGGAGUACGUACACAUAUUAAAUGAUGUGCUGCAUAUAAAUAAGAGUUUGUGCGUGGCGAGGCACUUCCAUAGACUCGAUAAGGAGACUUUGAGGACAUGGAACGGGCAGAAGAAAUUUAUUGACGUAUGGCCGGUUUGUAUGCAGAAACCGGGUGAGACAGGACUUGGAUGGGGUCAAAGGUCAUCGUUGGAAAUUGCUUUUCACUUUUUUAUAAAAUUUUUAGCAAAUUUCCUACUAAUUGUGGAAAUUUUUGGAAUGUUUCCAGUUUUUCGAAUUUUGGAAUGUUUCCAAUUGUUUAAACCGAAUUUCAGCUCGCUGUUUUUGCUGCAAUUGGCGUGUAUUUUGUCGAUGAGCUCACGAUGGCGUUCGCAUACCAUACUGAGAGUGUUCAUUUGUGUGAAUAGUUUACAGGUGUGUGGUUUUUUUGGUUUUUUCGGUUUUUUUGGGUUUUGGUUAUUUGAUUUUUUGGUGGAAAAUACCAACGAUUUUGACGAAUUUUUUGAAAAUUUCCAAAGUGAUUUGAAAAAUUUCUCACAGAAACCUUGUUCCAAUACUUCUUAA